AUGUGCGGUUUUGGUUUCAUGGCUUACGGUUUUGAUUGCUGCCAUCGCUCAAUUGAUUUUCCACUAAUGCCAUCGAUUGGACAAACUGAAAUAAAAGUGAAAUGCAAAGUAUUAAAAACACUAAAACUUAAACACCAAAAUAAACAAUUUGUGAUGCGGCAUUAUUUGACAUGA